AUGUCCGACCUCAAGUAUGCGGACGAAAAAGCGCCGAAUCAAUUCGUCGAUACGCCUGCAAUCGAUUCAGAAGAGGAGGGCUUGACCUUUGACGCUCUCGUCGCAAAGGAUCAUGGGCACGAUAUCAAGCUUCGCACAAUGUCGUGGCAGAAGGCCGCUUGGCUGCUCGUGGGCGACCAGGUGUGUCUGGCAAUCAUGGCACAGAGUUGGAGCUUGAGCGUUCUUGGAUGGGGACCUGGUAUUAUCACUAUGCUGCUCGCCGGAACGUUCUUCUACUUCACGAGCAUGACUAUGUGGAAAUUCAUCAUGAAGCACCCACAGAUCAUGGAUAUCUGCGAUUUUGGAUAUUAUGUCUUCGGCAAGCAGCGAUGGGCAUAUCAUUUCACCGCGUUCAUGCUGCUGGCAAACAAUAUCAUGCUCAUUGGUUUCCAUAUUCUCACUGGCGCCAAAGUCAUCAACACGCUAUCCGACCACUCCCUCUGCACUGUCUCGUUCUCCGUUAUCGUGACGCUCAUGGGCAUCGUCGGGUCCCUCCCGCGUACGUUGAAGCAUGUCUCCUUCAUGUCCAUGUUCUCAGCCGUCUGUAUGGGCAUCGCCAUUCUACUUUUCCUUGUCUUCGCAGGAAUCGAAGAUGCACCUGGACUCGGAUAUCUUGGAGUUUAUCCUGAAGCUGGACCCGUGAAGACCUACGCAAUCCCGCCCUCCGGAACCACGUUCGUCGCUGCCAUGAACGCCGUGUUGAACAUUACGUUCCUCUGGGUACCACAGAUCCUGUUCCCCAGCUUCAUCGCCGAGAUGGAGAAACCGCAGGACUUUCCCAAGAGUCUGGCUGUAUUGACCGGCCUUUCCGCCUUUCUCUUCAUCGUGCCUCCGGCGAUCGGUUUCAGAUAUCUGGGUCAGUAUGCUACCGCCCCAGCAUUCGGUAGCCUGGGUGUUGUCGUGUACAAAAAAGCGUCUUUUGCUUUCGUCAUCGUGCCAACGAUCGUCAUCGGUGUCAUCUACGCCAACGUCUCCGCCAAAUAUGUCUACAAGCACCUUAUGCGCGGCUCCCACCAUGAGCACUCUAACACUCUAAUCGGCUGGGGCGCCUGGACCGCUGUCAUGGCCGCUAUCUGGUGGGUCGGCUUUAUCUUCGCCUCUGUAAUCCCUUCGAUGGGCGACUUCCUAUCUCUCCUUGGCGCAGCAUUCGACUCUUUUUUCGGCUUCAUCUACUUCGCUAUCGCAUACUGGCAAAUGUACAAGCGCGAUCUGUUUGGCGGGUUCUCAAGGACUAUCUCUCCCAUCAGCCUUUUCGUAUUCAUUCUUCGCUCUGAACAAGACAUAUCGAACAUAACAACUAAACUUGGUAGCUUUCGCAUAACCGAAGAAGAAGCUAAAGCAAUGCAGUACUCGAUCAGGAACCCCUUUACAGGUGUCAAAUAUAACGCAAAUAUACUAUACGACGAGACUGCAGAAGAGAUGGACAAGAAGAUAGGCAGGGCGUGGGCGCUAGCGCUAGGGUGGGAACAGAUGACAGGGUACCUCCCAACGAUCCUUUAUCGUAUAAUCCGAAAGCAUUAUCGCCCCGCGCAAGGCGUUUCCGCUACAGAGGCGCAAGAGAAGCUGAAAGAUCAACUCAAGCUUCAGGAAGAUUGCUUGAUCGUCUCCUGGUCAUACUCACCACUGGACUAUGAAGCGACAACAAAGAUUCUUUCGGGGAAUAACAACCUGAUUGCAUCCAGAACGACCCCAAAGGAAACCUUUAAAAUGUUUAAUUUGCUAUCUGUCAUGGGAGCAUAUAUGAACAUGGAAUGCCUAUAA